CCUUCAGCAGUCAACAUCAGCUGCGUCGCGGUCCCGUGUCAUUCCCAUUACAGCGGGCGGCUCCUCUGUCAGUCAAUCGAGCUUCGUUAUUAACAAUAAUCCCGUGAAAUAUCUCCACAUCGCGAUAAAACUUCCACAGGAGAUCAUCUGCCGGGACACCCGAACGCCUCGAGGAAAAACAAGGUAUGGCGACCCUAAGGAAAAAGCUUGUGAUCGUGGGAGAUGGAGCCUGUGGGAAGACCUGUCUGCUCAUAGUGUUCAGCAAAGACCAGUUUCCAGAAGUCUACGUGCCCACUGUGUUUGAGAACUACAUCGCAGACAUCGAAGUAGAUGGAAAACAGGUGGAGCUCGCGUUGUGGGACACGGCGGGUCAAGAAGACUACGAUCGCCUGAGACCUCUAUCCUACCCAGACACAGACGUCAUUCUCAUGUGCUUCUCCAUAGACAGUCCGGACAGUUUAGAGAAUAUCCCUGAAAAGUGGACGCCCGAAGUGAAGCACUUCUGCCCGAACAUUCCCAUAAUCCUUGUGGGAAAUAAAAAGGAUCUUCGGAACGACGAGCACACGCGGAGAGAGCUGAGCAAGAUGAAGCAGGAGCCUGUAAGACCGGAAGAGGGCAGAGACAUGGCGAACCGCAUCUGCGCCUUCGGCUGCCUGGAGUGCUCGGCCAAGACCAAGGAUGGAGUGAGGGAGGUAUUCGAAAUGGCCACCAGGGCGGCGCUGCAAGUCCGAAAGAAGAAGAAGAGAAGCGGAUGCUCGCUGUUGUGAGAAUUGUCCGGUUGCGUUGAUGCCGAUUCGGAACGUUCUGUUACGACUCCCAGCUGACCAGAAUACACCAAACUCCAAAAUAUAUUUGACCAAACGGCAUAAAUACACCGUACAGUUUGUCACAUUUCAUGCAAAACUAACAGGUGGGACACGUUAAAAAGUAAAAUAUGCAUUAAAAGAGGGCUGGGAAGAAAGACGGAUUAGAUGUCAUGUUACAUGCCUUGAUCUUUCUUGAAAGGCAAAAAAUAGUUUCUACUCAAGCUUUUCCUGUAAGAUUGAGAUUGAUAGUAAUUGUAUUUUUGCACAUUUAUCAAUGAACCGUCGUAACCGUGACAAAAUCAAAUGAGAUUUCUUUUGACCUUUAUUCUAAAUUAAUAUAACGGAGUAGAAAACAGCACAGAAUUUGAAGUCAGUGCCUUUGUGAAAGUUCCCCGCAGAACUUGAUAGACUCGCUUUUUCUAAACAUAAAUAACUACAAGCCCCUUAAAUGUAUUACAAAAUGCAAAAGGUUUCAGUUACAUUGGCUAUAUUCUAUCUUAGCCCCUCUCGUACAUUAAGAAUUUCACAUUUUGAAACGAGGUUUUUAUUUGUUUUACUCUGUUUGACUUGAGAUACUGAACAGGUUAAACCAGCCCCAGAAUAUCCUCAGAGACGGGGUUGAGUUAAGUAUUAACACGUAACGCAAACACUAAAUGUUUAGCUGGGAUUGCCUCUGAAGGUUUCCACUACUGAGAGAUGUUAAAGAAGUACACAAUGUGGUUAUAUAUUCGUUUAGGGAGGUUUGUUUGGGUAGUAUAAACAGGUUUCGAGUGCCUUCCGAGCUCACACGGAAAGCGUGUGCCUUUGGUUAGAAGUCUUGUAAUGUGCACGGGUCGAGAAGCGAGUAUGGGAUGCUCUUGAUCAGAUGGAUGUUUAUAUGCACAUGAUCAGUGUUUUAACAUUGCAUGAUAGUUGCUAGCUGCAGAUGUCAAUGGCUAGAUAAAAAAAAUACUGUAUAGAUUCCAUUAUUUCACUACUGUACCCACUGGUGCCAUUGAAUGUUUGACUUCUGUUAAACGUAACUCGAUGUCUCCUGUCUGUGUCAGAGCAUUGAAAUCGAAAGCAUGGUGUAGCUUUUUUAGAAUAAAAAAAUGAUAUAGCAAGUUUUUCUUUGGGUAUUUCAUGGUCAAUGGGUUUUUUCUUGAACACUUGAGACAUCAUGCUGUCGAAUUCUACAUUAUCAAAAGGCUGUGUUAUUAAAAGGCACCAACUGGUUA